AUGACGGGGCAUGACGACGUCGACCCCGAGCACGCUUUGCUAACUCCAAAGAACUCUACAAACCUACAGCGCCGUAGUGUAGCUGCUCUAGGGUCAUCUCUUCCCCUUCCCUCCGCACGUCGGCCAGGUGCUUUGGGAGUGCAGACCCCAUCCGAUCUAUCGUCUACGCGACGUACACCUAGCACACAAGGACCACUGGGCCGGUACCGGUCCUUGUCACGCACUGUAAGCACACCACUUCGAGACGAUGUGCAGCUUGGGAAACGCAGUUUCUCUUCCACGGGUCUGAGCGAAGCCACGGGCGGAACGCCAUCUGUUACUCAUACACCCCGCGUGGGAGUAAAGCGGCCGUUGGCAGGAUCUCAUUCUGCAUUCGUACCAAGGACGGGUCGAAACAUAUCGCAUGAACUGGACCCGUUGCAUACCCCUCUAUCUCGAAGUCGGACUGUGAGCGGAGAGAGCCAGGUCGCUUCGCCCCUCACGGAUUCGUAUGAAUUGGAUAUGCUGCGUUCUGAAUUUGAUCGUCGUAUUCAAUCUGAACAACAAGCCUACCGUACGCUGGAAGCACAGAUGCGCUCACAAUCGCGCGAGCUCGAAGCACUCAAGUGUCAGCGUGUUGAAGUUUUGCAGGAGUGGGAGGCUGAGCGUGCAUCGUUCCAAGAAAAACAGGACAUGUGGGAUCGUACAAAGACCACGUUGGACAACCAAAUUGUCGAUCUGCGCGCUGAAACUCUUCGUCUGCGUGCAUCCAGUGACGAUUGGCAAGAUAAAUGCCGCACUGUUGAGUCGGACGCCCAUGCGACGACCUCCAAACUCGAAUUCAAACUCGUGCAAACGCAGUCCGAUUUGGCUCUUACACAGUCUCAAGUCCAACGACUUACUGACACCAAUGAUUCUCUUCGGACACGCGUAAGUGAGCUCGAGUCUGCGUCUACCUUACCGAAGCCCGUCUCCUCGUCAGGGGAGAGUGAGGACAUCACAUUGCUCAAGGAUCAGCUAAGCCAGCAGAUUAUCUCUGUGCAGCGUCUAGAGGCAGCCAACGUACGUCUCAAGGCGGAAAAUGCCCGGCUACUGGAGGCCAGUGCCCGCAUGGAAGUAUUGCGAGAAAACAACCGAAGUCUUGAAGCCAAGAUUGAGCGUCUUGAAACGUUGAACGAAUCGUUGCGGGAAAAAGACCAAACCCUUUCUGCCUUGGAAGAAGAGAAGGCACAAUGGCAUACGACUUUAGCGCGUGGCAUUGCUAGUGAUGAACAUGCCGCCUUUGUGGCGGCGGCAAAUUUGGGAGAAAGUGUCCCCACUGUCGAGGCUCCUGCCUCUUUGACACCCGAAAUGUUGCCUUCCUAUAUAUCAACAUUGCGAGGGACCAUCAUGGGUCUGCAUGCUCGUAUCGAAGGCAUCGGGAAAUCGUCUGAACAGCUACGUACAUCCAACCUGGAGCUCAGUCGGCAAGCUGUGCAAGGCUCUGAAAUGGAGACGCAGCUGCGUUCUCAGUUGGCAGAGCGAACCGAUUUGUUACGUCGUGCUGAGCGAACACGCGAUAUACAAGCAGAUGAAUUGCAGCGAUGCAAGGAUCUUCUUGCUUCCUUCGAGGAAGAGGCGAGUCAAGGUGCCUCCUACGACCAAUCUCACAAGCUGCAAGUGUCUCGUUUGGAAGAACGUGUUUCAGGCCUGCAAAGUGAAUGUGCUUCGCUGCAGGACCAACUGCAUACAGCGCAACAAGCCGCGAGCGCUACGAUGUCGUCCAUAACCCCUCCUUCUCACGACCAUGAUGCUCUUCUACAAUCGAAGCAGGCGUUGGCCAAUCUCGAAGCGCAGUAUAAGGAGCUAGAGAUACAGGCUCACCAGCUGGGGCUCGAGAACGAGUCUUUAUGGCUCCGUGUGGGACGUGGUGAGUUUGAUCAGUCGAAGGAGCGCUGCUUGGUGUUGACGGACAACCCUGUGUCGAGAGACUAUGCGAUUCGGUCCUCCAUGCUAGAGGCGCUGAAAAAGGAGAACAAGGGUCUCUUGGAGCAGGUGGAGUCUCUGCACAAGCAGCUGGCGGAGGCAGGUCAGGCACCUGUGGCUAGUAGCUCUUCGGAUGCGCUUGUCCCGUUACAGACUGUUGAGAACCUACAAGCGGAAUUGUCUCAUUUGCAAGAGACCAUUCAGCUGAAAGAUAAAGGUAUGCUGCGCCUUAAGCAGGUGUUCACUGCCAAGGCCAACGAGUUCCGUGAAGCUGUCCAGUCCUUGUUCGGCUACAAAGUGCGAUUCCUUGAAAACGGAAAGGUCAAAUUGACAUCGGCCUAUGCACGUGGCGCCCGUGUCACCACGCUAGUCUUCCGGUCGGAGGAAGGGAAUGUGGGUGAGAUGAAAUUGCAAGGGGAAGCCAAUGAAGGUAUGGCCAAUGUGGCUCACUUGCGUGAUUACUGGCUCAGCGAUGGCAUCCGGCAUAGUGUGCCAUGUUUCCUGGCGGCACUCAAUUUGGAGCUCUAUGAAAAUACCACGCAGGCCAUUCGCGGAUCUUUUGGUGACGAAGUGGAGUAA